ACAGCUGGGAUUUCAGAAGCUAUGAAUGGAACAGCACGAGGAUAUAUAAACACACCUAUUGAUCGAGUGGUGGGAAGACUUGUGUGCAUGUCGUGGACUUAGGGAAGGUAGUAUGACACAGGUCUGUAAAUGAGACUGGAUAUAUUUCACCAAUCUCACCCAUCUCACUCAUCUCACCAUCAACAACCAGAGCGCCUACAGCAGCGAAAGGGAGGUGUUCUUUAAGGCCGAUGUCGACUUAGCUUGGAUAAUGUAUUAACAUUAGAUCAACGUCGAUAAUCAACCCACCUAGACAGUCACAUGUGUGUGUCACCCACAGCAAGGACCCGUGUGGAAGGUAGUCUCAUCUCAAUAGGCCAUGAUGUGUGUUAACUGGAGCACAGGUGAGAGUCACAGUGGCUGCACCCAGAAAGGCAGUCAGAGGGGAAAUAUGGGAAAGUUUCCUGGCCAAGAUGUUGUCAACGAUACGCUCUCCGCUGUUUGGAGUUAAUGCUGGGGAGAUUUACAAGACAUUGUGUGAUGGAUAUAGUUGGGUACUUCACAUAGCUGGGGCAACAUAGAAGGCUGUGCUGUGAAUGUUUGGGAGUGUGGAUCACGAUACAGGAUGUUGCUUUAAUUUGAGAGGCAGCUUGUCAAGAAGUGAAUAUUAAGACAUGUGUUGAAGAUAACGACGUCAAAUUGGAGGAUAUAUUUCACAAUCCUGAAUUUUAAAGGACGUUUGUGCUAUUUUCUCAUGGAAAUUAUUCCCUGGAGACAUUAACGGCUAUUUGACAGUUGUGGGUCAUAUUGCGAGUAUAUGAAUCCUAGCGGAUCGGAGGAGUAGCAUCAUCAUAAUCACUAGCCGGAGUGUGUUGUUAGAUCUAGCUGCUGGGUAGUGGGAUACUGAUAGAUCUACUCUCAAACAAGCACCUUCAGCGUGUGAAGCCCCAUCUGGUUGACAUGUCGUCUUCGAUGGGUGUCAGGUGUGUACGGCUGCUGAGCCUUGUUGUGCUACUUCUCACGGGUUGUGCAACCUUUGCAACAAACAGACUGCCGACUGCAAGAAUCGUUGUUCACGUGUCUAAGCGAAGAGCUGAAUUCUGGGAGCCGUGGCAGGUCAACAAACGGAUCUGUCCGCCAUCUUUGUGCAAGUUUUCCGAUCCCCAGACGGGUGGCCGCGAAGAACAGCCCCAAAUACCCCGGGGCACAGCGGGCACUCCGUUCUAUCAGGGUGACAUCGUCCUGAAGAAGGAUGACGAGAACUUCAUCUACCCCGACUCCCGGAGACGGAGGAAGCGAGCCACAAUGAGGUUCCGAAACAAGCUGUGGAAGGACGCUAUCGUCCCCUACAAAAUGGAUGAAGGAAUAAGUCCAGCCUCCGAGAAGGUGAUCAAGCGCGCCAUCCAACAGAUUGAACUCCACACGUGCAUCAAGUUUAAGAAGAGGACAGCGAAAGACAAGGACUAUGUGCGGUACAUCAGUGAACCAGGGUGCUGGUCGAACGUUGGGAAAAGAGGCGGGGCACAACUUGUCAGCAUUGGGCGAGGUUGUGAAAACGUCGGUACUGCUAUCCACGAAACUAGUCAUGCUUUGGGCGUCUGGCACGAACAGGCACGACCCGACCGAGACGAAUACAUCAAGGUUUUGGAGGAUAAUAUCUCCCCUAAGUUCCUUCCUGAUUUUAAAAAACUCAGCAAAAGGCUGGCCACGUCAAGAGGUUUUCCUUACGACUAUUCCAGUAUCAUGCACUAUAACAAAUGGGCCUUCACGCGGAUGGGGGAACCAACACUCAAGGUGAUAGGUAUCGGAAAGAAACUUGACCUGAAGAUCGGUCAGAGACGGGGUCUGAGCACCAUUGACAUCGCCCAGCUGAGAGCCAUGUACCAUUGCAACGAGAAGGAAGACAGCGCUGUCACGUUUUGUCCAAAGAAUUGGUUCAAGUUCAAGACAAGCUGCUACAAGCUCCACAACAGACCAAAGCACCAAUUCUCAGCCGCGUAUAAGGAGUGCCAGAAUGAAAAUGCAUAUCUGGUAAGCAUAGAAAACAAGGGUGAAGACAAGUUCCUGGAGAAGCUUGUCAACAAGAAGUUCCCCAAGGUGUUCAUCUGGAGAACCGGCGGUAAGGCGGUCAACGGGUCGAUGGUGUGGUACAAGGGCGAGAAGACGAAGCCGAAGAAGAUGAAGUACACGAACUGGGGCAAAGGGAUGCCAGGCACCUAUACUUCCAUGGCGUUAGUGAAGGACAGGUCUACCAAGAAGUUCCUCUGGCAGGGCGUGUGGACUGGGUCAGUCUCGCAGCUUCCUAACCACAUAUACCCCUUCAUAUGUGAAAAGCGGGCUAAAAGAAAGUGCCUGCAGGGACGGUACAAGGACGGUCGCGAUUACAGAGGCAAUCUUGACCACACCCUGGGCGGCAUCACGUGUCAGAAGUGGUCUGAGCAGUACCCCCACAGCCACAAACUGAAGCCUAAGUCAUCUGGGGGCCGGGAGGACAGUGACGGGCUGGGAGACCACAACCACUGUCGGAACCCUAGCGGAAUGAGGAGGAAAAAACCAUGGUGCUACACCACCAAGGAAAAGAAACAGUGGCAGUACUGUGACAUUACUACAUGUUCAAAGAAAAAGGACAAAAAUGAAGUUAAUCCAAGAAGAAAGCCAAAACCUACCAGAAAACCUGCUCAACGACCUCGACCUACUCAAAGGCCAAGGCAAAGGUCAAGGACGAAUCAACGUCGUCAGCCAGGAAGCAGACGAUGGGUUCCAAGACAGAGAACUGUACCUAAACCAGGAAGCAGACGACAGGUUCCAAGAUAGAGAACUGUACCUAAACCUAAUCAAAGAGUUCAACAAAAUAGAGGAAAGGACAGUGUUAAAAUUCCGAACAAGGUCAAUAAUAGGAAACCUAAAGGUAAUCGGAAUUCGAAGAGAAGGAUACAACGACCGGGUAAAUGAAGCUGAGUUUGAUUCAUGUAGUGUUAUGUGCUAGACCAUCAUGCUUCAGCAUUACGUCAACGUUCUGUGAGACUGUUGUGCUUUUAGUCGUCUCAGGAACACAAGCAUUUAAGACCGAUCUCAAAGGUGUUUGUAAACACUGUAUUAAGAGCGAGUGUUUCUAGCAUUUUGCUCAACAGCCAUGUGAUAUGUUGUACGAGAUUCAGUGUACAUGAUUUAUUAAGAACUUUAUCUGUACCGGUAGAUUUGAAGAUGUUCAACGUUUAUAGGUUUCAACGAGCUUCAGAUCUAUGGUCUGUGGGUUCGAAGUACGACAUUCAAAAGAAGUGUCAUUUGUGAUUUUCACGACUGAUUGUUUGGACAGUGAGAUGAAAAAAUCCCAUACCUUCUACUGUGUAGGAGAAUUUAAAUAAUGGUCAUGACAUAAUUAGUCGCGUUCACGUUUUUUUGCGACAUGCCGUAUGUGGCUGAGGUGCCAAACUAAAGCUGGUGUCAAUGGCUAGUCCACCGUGACAUGGAUCCACCACUAAGACACAGUGUAUUGAGUCCGAACCUAUCGAUAUCCUGGAGACUUACCCCGAUUUAUCAUCGUACAUGACAGAGUACAAGCACGGUGGUAAAUAGUACUUGUUUUGUCCCCUCAAUGCCUUACUAUCUUUUUAUGUCUUUUGAUAUGAUACAGUUCGAACCCCUAACCUCAGCCGCUCUAUCCACUAUAGGCCUUGGAGGCGGUCCCUCAAAGUGGGAAAACAGGGUACAGACAAAAUGGAGAUAUGUACAGACGUCUCUAGAAACUCUUGAAAAACACAAAAAUGCCUCAAGUGUCUUACCUGGAAUUAUGUAAGGAGUUUCGUACCUGCAGUUCUUUAAAGAAUCAGUUAUGUGUUUUAUUAACUAUACUAACCGCGAGACUUAAUGUGAGUGUAAAUUUCCGAUUGUCACAUUUUGCCUUGUAUGAUCGAGCUGAUCGUAGUGCUUGAGGCACAUGUUGAUAGAACCAAGGCAGAGGAGUAUUUCGCGUCACCCGAACUGUUUAAGACGUUUGUGUGUCUAUACAAAUGUUCGUAUUAUAUAAAAAUACCGGUCCUUUCCAUAAGACUUAUCAUACGAACCACCUCUACAAACUGACACGGUGAUCGUGUAGGAUCUUACAGUUGCCAGGGAGUGAAGAGCUGUGUGGGGAACGGCCUUCACAGGUACUUGUCUCUACCCGUACUGGACUGCCACCUCCACCCACAUUAGCUCCCACCCACGAAAUUGAAUGCGUUCAUAGUGUGAUUUGACGUGAAGGUUAAUGGUGCAGCUACUAUAUCACGACAAUCUGUUGAUAAGUUGAUCGUGAAAGCAACAAACAAAAGAAUCAUAUUGACAGUUGAAGGCUGGCUAUACUAGGUAGCUAUUGUGUAUAUUGCCCCUAUAUUCUGCCUCACCAGAACCCGUGAAUGAGUGAGUGAGCGUAUGUGAUGUGUGCUUUCAGCACCACCUAUUCAACCUACAUCACUGCGGGGAACCCUCAAAUGGGUUUCACAUAUUGAAUCCACAUAGGUAUCGGACCCGGGCCUUCGACGCGGCGAGCAAACGCUGCAAUCGCCAUGUCAUCCCAUCACCCCUUCAGGGCCCGUACUGAGGGUGCAUGAUGUAUAUGAAAGAAUCUCGGGCAUUUUGGUAAACCAAGCCGUUAGCUGACACUCAAACCCUUUCUUGACUAAACCACGUGAAGGAUACCAUGAACUGUCCAAUAAAUCUUUACAGUUAAACCACGUGGAGGAUACCAGGAACUGACCUAUAAUCUUUAUAGUUAAACCACGUGAAGGAUACCAUGAACUGACCUGUAAUCUUUACAAUUAAACCACUUGGAGGAUACCAGGAACUGACCUAUAAUCUUUACAGUUACACCACGUGGAGGAUACCAUGAACUGACC